AUGGCACGAACCAAGCAGACAUGCCGCCUGGCCCCUCAAAAACGUGUCUCCAGAUCAGAGCCCGGCGAAUCGUUGAGGCUGCUCCUCCACGCUGCCACUCAGAAUGAUCUUGUAUUAUUCAAGACCCUGAUCAGUAAGGGAAAGUCUGAGAUAGAGAAGGUAGAUUCCCGCCGGCGCACAAUCCUUCACUAUGCAGUCAUCAAUGGUCGACUCAGCGUCGUCGAGCUUCUCCUAGCUCAAAAUGCAUCAGUCAAGGCACGAGACAACACCUCCUUCACGCCCCUGACCUUGGCGGUCAUAAACGGCCAACUGGAAAUAUUCAACCUUUUAAUAAAGAAAGGAGCCUCGGUGUUAACCGUCUGUUCGGAAGGCCGCACACUGCUGCAUUACGCCGCAAAGGGUGGCCAUGUCGAAAUUGCAAAAGUGCUGCUGAGAAGCAGGGUCUCCAACAAGGUCCAAGACAAAGAACGUCGGACCGCCCUUGACUUCGCCAUCUACAACCAUAACUGGGACCUCGUCAAGCUGCUCUUAGGGGUGGGAACCUAUCAGUGGGUUUUGUCUCAGCCACAAAUACAGGACGACGAUAACCUUCAGGCGAUUGCGAUUGAUAACGAGGCCGUGAUUUCAGCACUGAAAAAGGAGACCGAGACUUGUGAUCGGAACGCCAUGGAAGUGGCAGCCCGUUUGGGCAGGGAAGAUUUGAUUCGUCGAUUUUUUAAUGAACACAGAUGCCAUCCUCAGGGUAUCAAAGAACAAAGGACGCCACCUUUGUAUGUGGCCGUAGAGAACGGGCACCAUGGAUGUGUUCAGAUGCUUGUCUCCCACCGCGCUGAUGUUAACGAUCCAGGCUGGCCACACGAGACGACACUGGAAUGCGCCCUUCGCCUCGGCCACUCCCAUAUCGCCGGCACCUUGCUGAGCGCGGGGGCGUCCAUUUUCUACAACAGCGAGGAUCACAAUUCCGAAAACACAACAGUGGCGCUGCUGGCGAAGCAAGAGCCCAGCGUGGCAGCCUGGCUACUGUCUCACAUCCCGUCUCUCAAAGCUCUAUCCAUAUGGCUCAUUGGAAUCGCAAAUUCCAAGCACGUGAGUAUACUACAAGAGUAUUUCCGCAUCGUCGCUCCUAGUGUCCAAAAGAAAUACGUGACCGAAGACGUUCCGACACCGAUUACAAACCUCGUCAAGCGUCUGAUACAGAGUCGAGGAACCGUAACCGAUAGCGCCAGAGCCCUAACUGGGGCGAGCACUAGUGACAGUGCGGACAUUCGAAGGGCCAUCAGAGCAGCACUCGACUAUCAUCAUUUCGUCGGUGUUUUCUUCCUCGUCUGUACUGUCGAACCCGAGACCCUCAGUGAGGUCCAAUCCUGGUUUCCUUACAUACACAAGAGAGCCAGACGAGAGCUUCCGCCGUUGAUCAACACACAGACCGAUAAAGACCUUAUCACUUGCCUGUCAAAAGCAGGGUACACACAUCUAGAGCCUCUACACGACCUCUGCGAGGCCGGAUCUACGAGCGAAGUGCGAGAGCGGCUACAGGCAGGAGACGAAUUUGUGGACGUGCUCGGGCCCCGGAACCGCACCCCGCUACACGCUGCCGCGCAGCGGGGCCACCUAGAGAUUGUAAAGCUUCUGGUGGAUUAUGGAGCCGAUCUGACAGCUAGAACCUUUCGUGGUAGAACGCCCGAGCAGCUUGCAGACAAGUAUCAACACCCUUUAGUUGCUGCAUUCUUAAAGACAGCCCUGAGCCAGCGAAAUUCCAGGACGACAGAGAGCAGCGUCUCUAAAUAG